AUGGCACCUGCUCAUCAGACAAUUCCACCGGAAGAGUGGCAACGCCGCAAAGGGGUCAUUCUUCGACUCUGGUUCGACGAUAAUCUGCCCCUAGAAGGAACCGGAGACAAUUCGCGAAGUUUGAUGCAGGUGAUGAAAGAAGAGCACAAUUUUGUCGCAACACGUUCCCAAUACGAAUCAGCUUUUAGAGGCUGGGGUGCUUUCAAAAAUCUGAAAAGGUGUGAUUGGGAGGUUAUCUUACCAAUAUAUGGUGAGCUGGAAAAACGGGGCUUGAAACCUCGAGUGAUGGUUGGUGAUCAUAUCCUCGAGGAGAAAAAGAUAAGGAAGGCCCGCCGACGGUAUCUUGAUAAAGAAAAUGGGUUGAAACGAGAGCUCAUUGCUGAAACCCGCCCAUCUUCAGAUCAGCCGCGGCGUUGGCGCAUCGAGUUCCUGAAGGAUGGGAAGCAUAUCGAACAUUUGCACAGUGGCGAAACCGUUAAGUCUAUCAAAGAUCUUUCUAUCUUAAAUCAGAUGCAUAACGGCUUGCGAGAUGAUAGUACCUGUAUCACCAACCCACCAUCAGAGGUCGAUGCUUCCAGGGCCGCAAUCAGUAUUCCAACAGUCAAUACGUCUGAGACAGGCGUAUAUCAUGCCUUUCCGCCGGUAAAAGCGCAUCGAAGUGAUUCCCCACAUGCUGGCGAGUUGGUAGGCCCUUCCGAUGUCUCUCAUUGUCUAACAGAUGAGGAUCAUGGCGCUUCAUAUGGCGAGAUAUCAUCUCUGCUGUUGCAAGCGCCAAAUGGUGGUUCAUCACCAAGUCGCGCAACCACAUUGAGUGCUGUAUUUUCGAAUGAAGGCGGCAGCGAAACAUCAAUGUUUCGAAGUAUGCGCGUCCAACAAAACGCGAGCCAACUAGAGAUUAGGGUCUGGGGCUUUCUAGUAAAAUACCAGCGCUUUUCAAGUGUUACUAGUCGUUAUGAAGCUACAGAUAGCGGCAAAAUCCGACAUAGCGAUCGUCUUAAUGGGUUCUUAAACUCCGAUACGGGCGUUGGCGCUGCUGAAGAGAACGACAAUCGACAUCCGACGAAGUACAAGGUCGGGAUACUCUGCGCUCUCCCAAAAGAAUACCUAGCUGUUAGGGUGCUCUUCGAUAGAGACCACGGCAAACCAGACCAAUUCUUGCUUGGAGAUAGUAACCACUAUUCGCUAGGGCAAAUUGGUUGGCAUAUGGUUGUCGUGGCUUGUCUUCCAGCUGGGGAAUACGGAACUAACGCGGCUGCUGAAGCCGCCUCAAACAUGAAGAGAAGCUUCCCGAAUGUCAAGUUUUGCCUUAUGAUUGGAAUAGGGGGCGGCGCGCCUUCUCAUGAUCAAGAUAUCCGACUUGGAGAUGUAGUCGUUAGUAUGCCAACUAAGACAUAUCCCGGCGUUAUUCAGUAUGAUCGAGGCAAAGCGUGUGACAAGGAUGUUUUUGAACGAACGGGGGCUCUUCAACCACCACCAAGGUUCCUGAUGACCGCAGUUAGCUCUCUUUCAUCAAAUCUACGGUCUCAAAUUAACCCACUUGGGCCAUAUUUACAACAGAUCUUUAAAUCCAUCCCCCACCAAAUUCGCUCGCGAUACCAGUAUCCCGGGCGUGAGCAUGAUAGGCUUUUCAACGAAAUCUGUUACAAGUGUGUGGCACAAGAAGACUGUAGCAGUCGGAAAUUCCAUUUAAGACUCAGAGCACCACGAGAAUCAGAUGCACCAGAGAUACACUACGGUCUAAUUGCUUCUGGAAACAUGGUCAUAAGAGACGCCCGGUUACGAGAUGUACUGGCAAGUCAAUACGAGGUUAUGUGCUUCGAAAUGGAGGCUGCCGGUGUUAUGAACAUACUCCCGAGUCUCGUCAUUCGCGGCAUAUGUGACUACGCAGAUGCGUAUAAGAAUGGAAUGUGGCAGGAGUACGCUGCGGCUACGGCUGCAGCAUACGGCAAAGUUCUCUUGAUGGAAGUCUCGCCCAGCUCCUAUGAUAAUUCAGCCAGGGAGCCCAGAUAUCAGAAGAGCAUAGAUGCUUCCCCUCCGAGGGCACUUAGUUUCCUGGAGAAGUUAUUGGGGUUUCCUACGUUUGAACGGUUAGCUUUCAUCAAGGGUGGCCUACUAUUCUCUCUUUGCCUUCUCCUUUACCUCCCCUUCCUCCAUCAGUAUCUUCGGCUUCCUCGCGAAACCACGGCAACACAGUGA